AUGGGCGAGAACAGCAAACGAGUCCGGCAGCGAAGCCGUGAGUCUGUCACUCACGGCAAGUCCAGCCAGGUCUUGGAGGUCAAGCGACCCAAACUUACAACCAACGUUCCUGUCGAUGUCAUUCAGCAACCAACUCCACAGUCACCGAUGGGCUGGUCCAGUAUGAAGGACUUUCUCAUGACUGAGCUCAGGAGAGAGAUGGGUCUUCCUCUGCACCGCCCCCAAUGCAAGGACAACGUCGACGAGAAGAGCGUCAACCUGGCCUGCCCUCUUUUUAUCAAAAACCCAGCGGCAUUUACUCAUGUCAGAAAUUCCUGUACUGAUGGAAACAUCAAGGGUGGGAUCGGUAAAUUGAUCGAGCACAUCAAGCGAGUUCAUCUGAGAAGUGACAAGCAGUGCCAUCACUGUGGAGCCCGCUUUGGUUCAAAGCCAGCGGAAUCCAAGUCAUCCCACUCGCGCAGCUGCACCAAAAUGUGGUCGCCUCACGAGCCCCCUUUGCUGUCGGAAGACCAACAACGUGUUCUGGAGAACAUUUCUGUGCGGGCUAGUGGACAAUCGCUCGACUACAAGUAUCGGCACAAGCUCCUGAUGAAGCUGUACCCCGGCCAGGAGGACUGGGCAAAGAAAGUGGAGAUUUACCACGAUGCCUAUUCCCCCUGUCUUUUGCCUACGCAACUCAUGUUUGACGCGAUGGAGAAGGCCGUCGACAGAUGGGAAAGGGGGUACGCAACGCAUUACGACUCUGAUGGAAGUGAUGCGGACUCCGAGAGAUCCAGAGAAUACCGAAGACUCUCUGGAUCGAGCCCAAGUGCAUCCUCUACCGAUGCUUCAAGCGCGUACCCUUCUGCAAGCUCCGGUGGAUAUAGCCGGACCAUAGGGAACGGCAACGGAUACAGCUCGCACCACGCUUAUCACAACUCUGGCUACCAAGACCAGAACUGGGGCGUGGACAACAUGUCUCUGGCGACAGACUCUACGCAGCACGCGAACACAUCCGGUGUCACCUCAUCAUCAUCACACGAGUCUCGAAAGACCCGAUCAAAGAGUCGGCCGGCUGAGGCUGGCUACGCGGGGAUGCAACUCCCGACAGAUUACCAGACAUACUCACACCCUGGGACAGUGGACGAUUUUGACGAACUCGGCACCUCGGCUUUUGAUGCUUUUGAGCCGGUAUUCGACGUCGUCUCAACUGUUCCAUCCGACUAUCACUCUUACACCAUGGACACUGAGCCGGGUCUCAACUUUGAUUACCCUGCUCAGGCUCACUACUCAAAAGACACAAUCAACCCCAAGGACUUACAUAACACUUUGAUCGGAAUGGGAUCGGCGACAGUGCCCAGGUAUCUCAUGGAUAGCGAAGAAGACGCGGGUAUUAUACUUCAGGAUACUCAAGAGUAUCUGGGCUUUGCUGGCCAAGCUAGGAGGUCUCAUAGAUGA